CGAGAGUACGGAUAUCGACUACAGGUGUCUCGUCGAAACCGGCAAGUGAUAUUUUGGGGUGGAAAUCAUAUGAGAGGACUCGCGUGCGCUAUUCAAGGGCCCUGGUCAGAAGUUCUGCAUACGAUCUUGAGGACCAAUAUGCCAACCAAUAUUCCAAGCUCACAGCGGGCACUCCAGCAAGGCGAGGAUGGGCGACUUCGUCUCGUCACCGACGCAGCCAUCCCAUCACUAUUGCCGGGUUAUGUACUUGUCAAGACACAUGCAGUGGCGCUGAAUCCUUCCGACCAUAAGAUUACGACCGGCUUCCCGAUCCCGGGUGCCUACUCUGGCUCCGACUUCUCCGGGACUGUGGUACAGGUGGCCGAGGAUGUUGACACGGCAGCCUGCCCACUCGGGGGUCGAGUCUGCGGCGCCGCCUUCGGUUUCUCGCCGUCGCACAGGCUGGCAAGCGGAGCCUUUGCCGAGUACGUGCGCGUGCGUACAGACCUCCUCCUACGCAUACCGACCACCCCUCACGACGGAGACCUCGAGGGGAUAGGUCUCCUAGGAGCAGCGACUUUGAUGACAGCCCUGUCAACGUGCAGCCUGGCCUUCUGGUCCCAGGACGCGCUCGACCUAGAAGGCACGCCGGAGGCGCCACUCGAGCACGAGAAGCCCACCCCCGUGCUCGUCUACGGCGGCAGCACGGCCACGGGCACGAUCGCGGUGCAGCUGCUCAGGCUGUCGGGCUACGACCCGAUCGCCACUUGCUCGCCCCGGAACUUCGACCUGGUCCGCGGCCGCGGCGCCUCCGCCGUGUUCGACUACUCCGCCCCGGACGUCGCCGCCCAGAUCAAGACCGCCACCGCCGGGCGGCUCAGGUACGUGCUGGACUGCAUUAGCGACGCCGAGAGCGCUACGGCGUGCUACGGGGCGAUCCAGCGUCCGGGCGGGCGCUACGCUUCGCUCGAGCGGGUCCCCGCCGAGCUGUUGACCAGGCGCAGGGCCGUCCGGGCCGGGUUCGUCCUGGCGGCGGAGGCGUUCGGCGAGGACAUCGAGCUAGGCCACGACGGGUACGACCGGCCCGCGUCCGCGGAGAAGCACGAGCUGGCGGUGCAGAGCCUGGCGAUGCUGCAGCGGCUGCUGGACUCGGGGAAGCUGAAGGCCCAUCCCAUCGAGCUGCUGGAGGGCGGGCUCCAGGGGGUCAUCGGAGGCCUGGAUGUGUUGGCGGCGAAGGGAAUCUCUGGGAAGAAGUUGGUUAGCAUUAUCGACUAG